GCAUGACAAUAAUGAAAAAGACACCUUCAUUAACAGGAGAGUACUAGAGACAAAAACAUUGUUAUAGUAGAGUCUGGAACCGUGGCCAGAUGUUUGGCAAGGUUUUUGCUCGUGGUUGUAAUUUUCUGUUCCAAUGACGUUGAUGUUGAUGCCUUGAACUUGGUAUUAAUUAAACUGGAAGCUCUUUUGAGUUGCUUUAGAGCAACAGCAUCCAACAGAUAGGCUUCUUUUUUCAUUGGAUUUCUACAUACAGAGUUUGGACUGAGCUUCCUUGGCUUUUCACCAACUGAAGUUCCAUUCUUGGGUUGGGUGGUUUGGUUUCGACUGGAAAAUUUGGUUUCGUUUGUUUGUGGCAAUAUUUUAAUCCUUCCCUGGAAGUUGAACCGCGUUGCUUUCAAAGGAUAUCUUUAGGUUAAAUCAAGGUUGGAGACAUAGGAAGACGAGAAGGACAAGAAUAUCUCAGUAUAUUUGGGUUGCUACGAUCUCGAGUUCAAUAAUGUCUGUAGCAUUAUUAUGGAUUGUCACCCCAAGCAUAGAGGUAUCCAACUCCGUUGGGUUCUUCAAUUCGGUCAGAGAUGGAAACCGGCUUUUAGAUCCAUCAAUCUCUAUAUCCCGAUAUUGGGGAUCAAUUAGAGCGAAGAAAGGUAGGAAAGAGAAAUGGAAUUCUUGCUCAGUUAGUACAGAUUUGAAGUAUUCGGGCGUUGGUGGCUCAGGCUUAGACAGUGGAAGCAACUUCCCUGUACUAUCAAGCAUGGUAGCAAACCCUGCGGGAGAAUUGGCCGUGUCAUCGGAGCAGAAGGUUUACGAUGUGGUGCUAAAGCAGGCAGCUCUGGUUAAAAAGCAGUUGAGGUCUAGUGGUGAUCUUGAUGUAAAGCCGGAUAUCGUUCUUCCUGGGACACUCAGCUUGUUAAGUGAAGCUUAUGAUCGUUGUGGAGAAGUUUGCGCAGAGUAUGCAAAGACAUUCUACUUGGGUACUCUGCUAAUGACCCCUGAAAGGCGAAGGGCUAUCUGGGCAAUAUAUGUGUGGUGUAGGAGGACAGAUGAGCUUGUCGAUGGGCCAAAUGCUUCGCAUAUAACUCCAACAGCUUUGGAUAGGUGGGAGUCACGGUUGGAAGAUCUUUUUCGAGGCCGUCCAUUUGACAUGCUUGAUGCCGCUUUAUCAGAUACAGUCACCAAAUUCCCUGUUGAUAUCCAGCCAUUCGAGGAUAUGAUUGAAGGAAUGAGAAUGGACCUAAGGAAGUCAAGAUACAAAAAUUUUGAUGAACUCUAUCUCUACUGUUAUUAUGUUGCUGGGACAGUUGGAUUGAUGAGUGUUCCAGUUAUGGGCAUUGCACCUGAUUCGCAAGCAACAACAGAGGGUGUAUAUAAUGCUGCCUUGGCAUUGGGGAUUGCAAAUCAGCUUACAAACAUACUAAGGGAUGUUGGAGAAGAUGCUAGAAGAGGUAGGGUUUAUCUACCACAGGAUGAGCUAACUCAGGCAGGGCUUUCAGAUGAAGACAUAUUUGCUGGAAAGGUGACAGACAAAUGGAGAAACUUCAUGAAGAAUCAAAUAAAGAGGGCAAGGAUGUUCUUUGAUGAGGCAGAGAAAGGGGUGACAGAACUGAGUGCAGCUAGUAGAUGGCCGGUAUGGGCGUCCUUGUUAUUGUACCGCCAAAUAUUGGACGAGAUUGAAGCAAAUGACUACAACAACUUCACCCAGAGGGCUUAUGUAAGCAAAGCCAAGAAGUUACUUGCUUUGCCGAUUGCAUACACAAAAUCUCUUGUCCCACCAUCAAGAACAUCAUCUCUGUUGACCAAGGCAUGAAAUUGAAAUACUGGGCAUAAAAUUAUAGAACUGAUUAUGUGGGGGAAAAGCUUAACUAUAAGCUAAAAGGAAAAGGCAUAUUCUGUAUAUUACCAAACCUUAUUGUGCAGCUGGUAUUCGCAGUAAAAAGUAGAAGCCUCCCUCCAAAUAUUCCUUGAAAAA